CUUCCCGACAAUUAAGACGUAAAGUACCAUAUGCUGGCCACUUGAUGACUCCACGCAGAUUGUGGCUGAAUAAAAUACCCACACAAUGUGAUGUUGUUAUAGAAUUUCCCGAAGAUGCACCCGAUGAGGCAUUAAGAUGGUUACUAGCACGCAUACGCUCACAACCACCCGCUGGUUUGGGUUUGGUAGUGCAGGUUAAGGCCCAUGAAAGUUCAAGGCGAAAUGCUUUCUAUAUAAGUGCUCCCACAAAUAUUUUGUUUCGAGCUGCGGAAGAGGCUCGUUUGCCAAAACGUUUACGUCCUGAUUUAGGUGGUGCCUUACGUGAAUUUACAACCCGCGAAAGUCAUUGUUUUCAACAGAUCAAAAGCGAUGACGGCAAUACAUCUCUCUUCACCUCUCAGGAACGUCAAUGGUUGGUUUUGCAAGUUCUACAAGGUCUGCGUGCAGGACAAACAGAUAUAGAAGCUCUGCAGGGUAGGGCAGCAGUGGAAGAGGGUCAAAGUAUAGUGGCUGCUUGGCAAGAGACUGGUCUCAUCACACAAAUAUUUCCUUUGCAUGAAACUAAAACCCUGACUCAGCUGCAGUAUAGUUGGGUUAGACAGGUGUUUGCACCACAACCUUUGGAUGAUAUUGCUGAAUAUUUUGGUAAGGUGGCUUUGUAUUUUGCUUGGUUAGGCCACUACACUUGUGCUUUGGGAGUUCCUGCUGUUUUUGGCACAAUUUUAUAUGCUUUUCUCUGGGGUAAAGGUCAAACGGCUCAGGAUAUGGGUCAUGUUUUAUUCUCUCUGUUUAAUGUGGCCUGGGCUUCUUUGUAUCUGGAGGCUUGGAAACGUUACUCCGUUGAGUUGGCUUUUCGUUGGGGAACUUUAUCAACGCCACCAGAACUUUUGGAACCACCGAGACCUUUGUAUAAGGGUCCCCUCGUCGAGAACAAUGUCACCGGACGUUUAAGCCCAAAGAAGCACCCGGCGUGGAAACGACGUGCAUUCCGUUAUUUAGUCAGUUUUCCCAUAAUCGGUUUGUGCUUGUGUCUCGUAUUCGUUGUCAUGUUCGUGAUGUUACGUUUUCAGGAUUGGCUGGAUAAUAAUAAUAUACCUGAUAGAGGAAUUGCUCAAUGCAUGUAUAAUUUGCACAAGGAUUGGUGGGAUUCUAAACUGCCGGAAACUGGUAUAUUUUGUUGUUUGAGUGUUAUACCCAGUUUGUUGGCCGGAGCUAUAACCCUAAUGGAUGAGGCUUAUUAUAAAUUGGCUGUUUGGUUAAAUGAUAAAGAAAAUUAUCGUUUACAGUCAAAAUAUGAAAAUCAUUUAAUUGCCAAAGUGGCAUUAUUUCAAUUUGUCAACUCCUUUCUAUCGCUGUUCUAUAUAGCUUUCUAUCUAAGAGAUGAGGAAAGCUAAAGGAGGUUGGUAAAGCAAUUGGCUGGUCUUUUAAUUUCCCGUCAAAUUAUUGGCAAUUUACGCGAAUCCGCCAUACCCUACUUUUUGGAACAAUGGAAACUGGCUAAAUUAAGUUUUAACAUGUGGGGCGCUUUAAGUCCCACCCAGGAUAUUAACCGCACUUUUGCUGGUACUCUAACAUCAUCAGCUGCCUCUGCAGCUACGGCUGGUUCGACAACAGCAUCAACGGAUACUGAGAAAACUAAGCAGCCAAGCGAAACAUCAACACCCCAAUCGGGCACACCAUCGAAACAAUUGCCGAAAAAAUCACUUGAUACCGGAUGUUCUACACCAACUACAACAACAGCUAGUGCUAAACGUAAUAUUGGUCAAGCGGAAAUUGAAAGCUCUUUAUAUAAGUAUGAUGGCACAUUCUCCGAUCAUUUGGAAAUGCUUGUACAAAUGGGUUAUGUUGUACUCUUUUCGGCUGCUUUCCCUCUGGCGGGGGUAUGUGCACUCAUCAAUAAUCUAAUGGAAAUACGUUCGGAUGCUUUCAAACUGGCUCAUGUACAUCAGAGACCAUUUGGACAGCGUGUGGCAAACAUUGGCACCUGGCAGAAUGCACUUAGCCUGUUAUCGUUGGCAGCUGUAAUUGUGAAUUGUGCUUUAAUUGGUUUGUCCGGGCAAGUGUCUCGUUUGUGGCCUGGCUUAACCACAGCACAAACAAUCAUAUUAAUUGUUACACUUGAGCAUAUAAUGUUGGGUUUACGUUCAGCUUUAACAUGGCUAUUACCCGAGCUGCCAUCAUGGUUGGCUGCAGAAAUAGCCAGAGCUGAACAUUGUCGACGAGAAAUGCAAUGCAAGGGAACCUCACCUAGACCCACGCCACCCACACCACCCAGCACAACUUCAACACAACCCGAACAUGAGCUGGCAUCAUUGAAUUUGCUAGAUGCUGUAACCGGCACCACCAACAAUACAACAACCACCAAUGAACCAUCCAUGGAUAGUCAAAUGUCAGAAGAGUUGUUGUAUCAACAGGAGCUAUUGAAACAAGCCGAGUAUGAACCCUAUAUAGAUGAGAUAACACGUUUUGGCUUACAGAGGAAUGUGGCAGCAGGAGAUUUAAAUGUUUUUGAUAAUCGUGAUUCAUCACCAGAUUCGCCUCCCUCACAGACCAGCACUAUAUUAAUACGCCCUCUACUGGACUCUACUCCCCCUAAUAGUGGCGCCUCUUUGACCAGCCUCAAUCAGGAUAUAUUAACACAUGGACCCAGUGGCGCAUGUAAAAGUUGUAAGCAGAAAAAGAAAAUACCGGAAAUACCCCCAUUUCAUGGAUAUUCAGUUCGUAAUUUAAGCUCGAUACCAAUACAAAGAUUGCACGCUUUAAUGGGAGCUUCUGCAAGUUCCUUGGCCUUAAAUACCCGUCAACCUAUGCAUAUACCAGAAAUACCACCAUUUCGGAAAAAAUCCAGUGAUUCUGCUGAUCACACCACCGGCAGCAGCACUAGCAGUAGUCCCCAGCGUACUUCUGCCAUUUCCAUUGUAAAUGCCGCCGCCAUCUCUAACACCCGCCAACCGUUAAUUGCUACGCCAUUAUCAUCAUCACCACCAACACUAUCCUCCAAUCCUAAUCAGCAAACCAGCGCCAAAAUACCGGAAAUACCACCAUAUAAAGCUCGCAAAAUAUCCGCUGAGAGUACUACGCAUUUGAAUUUGAGCGAUAAAUAUACAUUAAAAACUCAUGCACCCGAAUGGAUGUCACGUUUAAAAGUCAGCGAUAAUAUAAAUCUUCAUAGGAGUAUAGAUUGCAUAGCAAAGGAGCUUAAAAGCAAUACAGACACGAUGGAUAUUUUAAAGCCAGCACCCUCCUGGAGUAAUGUGGCCAUAAAAACACAGCAACAGCAAGUAACAGCCUCCACACAAGCACAACAAGCUACACCACCACCACUCUUAUCAUCAUCAGCAACAGCACAACAUUUAGUAGCUUCGUCAUCAUCUUCCUCUGGAGGAGGAGUAAGUGUGAGUGGUUUAUCCUCCAGCAAAGCCGAAACAUCAGCAACACGACCCAGUGUGGGUGGCAUAUCGAAUUCAUCAGCAUCUUCUUUACAGCAGCAACAGAAUGACAAAGACCCGGCUACUACAUCUCAACAGCAGCAGCAACAACAAGGAACGAAAACUACCAGCGGAAGUGUUACCACACCCAGUGGUGCUACAGAUGAUGAAGCUAAAGCUGCCGAAUUGGCUGCUAAGAAAUCCCGUUUAAAACAAAAACUGGUAAAGAGCGCCCGUUCAGUGGCCAUUUUCUCUUUAAAGCUUAAGGAACGCAGACAACGAGAGGCAGAAAAGGCGGCUGCUAUAGCUGUAGAGCAUGCCAAGGCUUUAGCAAAACUACCGCCCAUGCCACAAGCCGGUGGCGAAUUAUCUCUAAUACCCAUCGAACAACUCAUCAAAAUUGAAGAUAUUAAACCUGCUUUACGUUCGCCGCCACCGGUAAGCACAACGGCGUUAAUGCCCUUCUCAACAACGGCUUCAACAUCGUCGGCCAUAACAUUAGCGAAUACAUCAACCACCUCGUCAGCGUUAUUAGCAGCAGCUGCUGCUCACCUUCAGCAGCAACAACAGCAGCAGCAUCAUAGUUCUUCUUCCGGCAGUUUUUAAAUCAAAGAGGAUGUGUAAAUAUACGUUCAUUUCCACAAUGAAAAAAAAACAUUUUUUGUCUGCGUGUACUAUAGAGAAAUAUUAAUGAUUAGAGAUCUUUCACCAGAAGUUUUGGAUGAUAGUGAAGAUCUUUAAAUUUGAAUUUGUUAGUUUUCAUUAUAUUCUCUUUAUAAGCAUAUACAAGUCCUUUGGACAAAAGUGCAUUUUUCAGGAAGAGUUUACUUCUCCCCAAGAUAAAAAAGGUUUAAAAUCUACUUAAGUAUUUAUAAUGUUUUAUAAUUUAAGACUUUUUUUAGUUGAAAAACUCCGAAUUACAACAAUUAUUUUAAAACAGUUAAACCAACUAAAACGAAAACUAAUCACACCUUAAAACUAAAAAUAAAAAACCAAAAAAAAACUAAAAGUGACUUAAUAUACAAACGAAAUCUAAUUCAGAAUGCGAAAAAAUACAUUAAAAUAAAAAUUUUACAAAAUUACAAAAAGCAUGAAAAAAACAGCAACAACAUUUUACUAAUAACAAACAUAUUAAAUAAACAAAUACACUUAAAGAAAAAAACUGUAGUAGUUAGUGACAAAACAAAACCAAAACAGAAAAACUCAAAUUAGUCUUAGAAGAUCAUCAAGAUAUUUAUUUUGUAGUCAUAGAAUUUUUAGACAAAAAUUUAAUGGUUGAUUGAAAAAAAAAAAAAAUCUUACAAAAACAUAUAAAACAAAAUUGUUAACAAAUUUAGGUUGCAAAUUUAAUAGAAAACAAGUUAAA